GGGACUUUCCCCGGGCACCAAGGUCACUGCUUCCCACCCUGUGACCCCUGCAGGGGAGGCUCAGUAUAAGUACCAUCCACCUGUGUCCAGCAGGCAGGGACCAGCAGGUCUGCUCCACUCCACUGGAUAUCAGCACGAUGAAGCUUUUCGCAGGCCUCAUUUUCUGCUCCUUGGUCGUGGGAGCCAGCAGCCAGUGGUAUAUGUUCCUUGGUGAGGCUGCUCAAGGGGCGUGGGACAUGAUGAGGGCCUACUCUGACAUGAGAGAAGCCAAUUACAAAGAUGCAGACAAGUACUUCCACGCCCGGGGGAACUACGACGCUGCCCAGAGGGGCCCUGGGGGCGCCUGGGCUGCUGAAGUGAUCAGCGAUGCCAGAGAGAAUUCUCAGAGAGUCACAGACCUUUUUAAAUAUGGAGACAGUGGCCAUGGAGAGGAGGACUCGAAGGCCGACCAGGAAGCCAACGAGUGGGGCCGGAGUGGCAAGGACCCCAAUCACUUCAGACCCGCAGGGCUGCCUGCCAAGUACUGAGCGUCCUCCUCACGCUGCUCCCAGGAGGCGCACUCAGGGCCCCCUGAGGACUGGUCCCGAAUCACUGAGUUCAUGUUCUCAGAAGCUGGUAGAAGGGCAUAAUGGGUGCCUAAUAAAUGCUUUAAAGGAUUGAA